AUGAGAAUCUGCGUAUUCCAAUCCUGCUUCGAGGAGCUCCAAGCAUCAGUCGGCGACUCCGAGUCCCAGCAACUAUGCAUGAACCCAGCCAUCUUCACAACCCAACACAGCAUAUCGCACAAGACAAUCCACAAAAAGACCGCCAAGCAGCAAAUCGACCAAGCCACCGCAGAGGACCACGACUUCUACCUCAACUUCCUCUGGGGCACACACGACGACUCCCUCGCCGGCAUAGACGCAAUCCGCUACUUCGAGUCGCUCAACCUGCCGCACGCCGGCGUCCAGAGCUCCGAGCGCUCACAAUCAAAAUGGGACUUCUUCGCCGAGGCGAAACGCGCCCGCAGCCCGCUCGUCCCGGGCACAGAACACUUCCCGCUCUUCGUCAAGCCGGCGUCCAGCUACGGGAGCAUGUUCAUCGAUCGGCAUUCGCUGUGCCGCGACGAGGCCGAGCUGCGCGCCUGCAUCGCGCGUUUGAACGGGCUGAUGCGUCCUGUGCGGAUCCAGCGCGCGCUUGCGCUCGGUCACGAGGACGCGGAGAGCUACGCUGAUGCGUGCGAGGGCGCGGGCCGCUGUAGCACGGAUAUCGUCGUGCAGGAGUUUAUCGGGGGCGAGGAGUACUCUGUUGUUGUUAUUGCGAUGGGAGAGAGCGCUGUGCCGCUGAUUCCGCAGCGAGCGAGGUAUAAGCGGGUUGGGGAUGAGGCGCGGAUCCUGACGCUGGAGUUGAAGUUUGAUGCGGAGUCCGGGUAUGAGUUGCUUUCUGAAGAGGCGGAUCCGGUACUAUGGAAGCAUUUGCAGGAUACGGCGGUGGAGGCGUUCACGACUAAGAGGAUGUAUACGAAUUGUAUGGGGUGCGAUGUUGAUAUGCGGAUUGGGACGGAUGGUAGAGCUUAUGUUAUUGAGGUUGAUCCGUUGCCGGUGUUUUUCUAUCCGACUGGCUCGCAGCUUGAGGAUACGGAUGUCAAGCAUGGGUUUCCUGGCUCGUAUCGGGCUGUGAUCAACACGUAUAUUACGAACUAUUUUCUCCGGAAUCCGGGCGCGCGCGGAGCUCGGUUCGCGGAGUUGGAGGCGCUUUUCGAUGGCAUAGCUGUGCCGGGGUCUGGUGCAGAGGAUAUUGCGGAUAUCGCUGCCUUGUCACCGUUCACGGGGACGGCGAUUGAUCUCGGUUGCGGAACGGGAAGUGUUGGCCGUGCUUUGCGAGAUGAUCCGCGGAAUCACAUUGCACAUCUGACUGGCGUCGAUUUCUCAAGCAGGAGACUGGGUAUAUGUCGGCAGGAAGGCGUGUACGGCGACCUGGUCCACGAUCGCAUGGAGUCUUUCCUUGCACGGCGAACGGAAAUGGUGGACCAUAUAUUCUGCCAGUCGGCGUUGGAGUUCCUUCCCAUGGAAGAGCUGGACUUUGUUCUUGCAAGGUGCUUCCAGCUUGCGAGAUCAUCGAUCACCAUCGUGCUCGAAAGCCCCGCGAGUGGAAAGUACAUGUCUGCGCCGUGGGACCAGGUUCGGGCGUAUACUCAGGACCAUUCCGAGAACAUCAAGACUUUCCAGCUGCAGCGCGGCUGGAGUCUGCGUUCACCGGUGCAAAGAAAUCAUUGCCAAGAAGCCCAUCGCUCCGUGUUUCAUUUCCAGCGAGAUCAGAAUGUAUAG